AUGCCGGUCUCUGGAGUACGAUCUGUUGACAUGCGUGUUUUCUUAGUUAAUCCUCAACCACCGCCCUAUGCGAUUACAAUAAAGACAGUCUCCGCCGAGAGUCGCCGCGGUUGCCUGCUUCAACAGUGCUUGGACGGAACCCGGCGCUCGUCCCCCACCCGGGCCGGCCGUUCAGAGCCAGCCCUCGGCCAUCUCUUCGCCGCGCCCUCGGACCGCUCCAAGGCCCCCGCCGCCGCUCGCCGCCGCCUUUUCUCAGCCGCCGCCACGACGCCCGCGUCCCCCUCGCAGGUGCGCCAGAACUACCACCAGGACUGGGAGGCCGCCAUCAACCGCCAGAUCAACCUGGAGCUCUACGCCUCCUACGUCUACCCGUCCAUGUCUUACUACUUUGACCGCGAUGAUGUGGCUUUGAAGAACUUCGCCAAAUAUUUUCUUCACCAAUCUCAUGAGGAGAGGGAACAUGCUGAGAAACUGAUGAAGCUGCAGAACCAACGAGGUGGCCGAAUCUUCCUUCAGGAUAUCAAGAAACCAGACCGUGAUGAUUGGGAGAAGGGGCUGAAUGCAAUGGAGUGUGCAUUACAUUUGGAAAAGAGCGUGAAUCAGUCACCACUGGAACUGCACAAACUGGGCACUGAUAAAAGUGACCCCCAUUUGUGUGACUUCAUUGGGACUCAUUACCUGAAUGAGCAGGUGAAAUCCAUCAAAGAAUUGGGUGACCAUGUAACCAACCUGCGCAAGAUGGGGGCUCCCGAAUCUGGCAUGGCAGAGGGUGGCGAGAGCCGUGCACUUGCAGACGUGACUGAGGCUGCUAGAAAUCCGAAGGCCUACCCCCUCACAGAUGCCCACCUCACCAAGAAACCGCUGGACCUCGUCCAGCAGUCAUGCAAUCACAAGCUGCUUCGGAAAGGAGCCGGCGGGGCCACCAAAAUCCCCAACAGGGGCAUCUGUGAGUUGGCUAUGACGGCUGCGGAUGCUGAGCCCCUGGAGAUCAUCCCCGCCAGCAGAGAAGUCUCCCCACCCCCACCCCCCAAGCAGCAGACCCCGCCCAUUCAGCCGUUCAUUGAAAAGCUCUUAGGUCAACCCCGGGGCCUCUGCCCCACACGGCCCUGA